AAGUAAUGAUGAUGCUCAGCAAGUUGAGCACGAGACUGCGACACGCUGGAAGGAAACUUCUUUUGAAUAAUAGUGAGUUUUCCGCCGACCCAAAAAACCAUGCAAGAGGGACGCAUUUUAAGUAUUUCCCGUGUGAAAAACAGAUCGUCGCCGGUGAGACUCAAAAACUGAAUAUGUAUCAAGCUAUAAAUCAUGGGCUUAAUAUUACAUUGGAAAACAAUCCACGUUCAGUUGUGUUUGGCGAGGAUGUGGCAUUUGGAGGUGUCUUUCGCUGCACAAUGGACUUGAAGAAUCGUUUCGGUGCCAAUCGUGUCUUCAACACACCUCUCUGCGAACAAGGAAUCGCCGGUUUCGGAAUUGGUUUAGCCAACGCGGGAAUAUCAGCGAUUGCCGAGAUACAAUUUGCCGAUUACAUAUUUCCCGCUUUUGAUCAGUUGGUAAACGAAGCGGCAAAAAUGAGGUAUCGAAGCGGCAAUCUAUUUGACUGCGGCAAGCUUACGAUUCGUGCACCUUGUGGAGCCGUCGGCCAUGGUGGUCUUUAUCACUCUCAAAGCCCGGAAGCCUACUUUGCACACAGUCCCGGUUUGAAGAUCGUCGUCCCUCGCGGAGCGAUGCACGCAAAGGGUCUCUUGUUGAGCUGCAUCGACGAGCCGGAUCCCUGUAUUAUAUUCGAGCCUAAAAUUCUGUAUCGCAUAGCAGUCGAUGAAGUACCCGUUGCACAUUAUAAGAUUGCAAUCGGCAAGGCUGAAAUUGUAAGAAGCGGUGAUGCCGUGACACUCAUUGGCUGGGGCACUCAGGUGCACAUAUUGCUGGAGGUGGCCGACCUAGUCCAGGAAAAACUCGGUGUAUCCUGCGAAGUGAUAGACCUCGUCUCCAUUCUACCUUGGGACGCGGAACUUGUGUGCAAGUCAGUGAAGAAAACCGGACGCGUUAUCAUCGCCCACGAAGCGCCGAUGACGAAUGGAUUCGGGGCAGAAAUAGCUGCGACGAUUCAGAUGGAGUGCUUCCUGUAUCUGGAGGCACCGAUUCAAAGGGUCACAGGAUGGGACUGUCCUUUCCCGCAUAUCUUCGAAUCGUUCUACCUACCGGACAAGUGGCGUUGUUUUGCGGCUGUUCGAGACAGUAUUAAGUACUGAGGUUGAGACAAAGGGUGGCCAUGACAGUUACAGUGGAAAAAUUCAGAAGAAAUUGUGAGCCUGUUGCCCGCAAAAUAUCCUUAAAUUACGCUAAAAACAUACGUUUUUAUUAUCAAUAAAACAUUUAACAUUUUUUAAAUCAACAAAUCCAAACAACAAUCAUAGAAUAA